UUGGGCUGGCUGGAUAUCCAUCUUUCUAUUGAAUGGCUGAGUCAAAAACCGAGACCCCUGUUGCUAACAUUAAAAGGGAUAAAUGCCACUGCCCGAUAUGCCUAGAGGAGGUAAGAAAACCGAAGUAUUUGCCGUGUUAUCACACAUUCUGCGAGCCGUGCAUUCAGACUUACAUUUCAAGUACGGCAGCACAUAAGGAAACCAACACAGUUAAAUCAAUCGAAUGUCCCGUUUGUCGCAGAUGUGUCAACGCUCCGAGGGAAAACAUUUCAAGUGAAGAAUGGGCAUUGGAAUUACCUACUAAUAAACUUGUUCUGACUUUGUCAGUAGAUCCUGAGCAAGAUGAAAAUAAAAACUGUAUGUUUUGCACACGGGCUGAGAAAACGGUACCUGCGAGGUACUGGUGCAAGAUCUGUAUGGAAGCUAUUUGUGAAGAUUGCAAAUCAUUUCACAGACUUGUUCCAAGUCUACAGGAUCAUAAAAUUACAAAUCUUGCGAACAUCAAGGAAGUGAACAGUGAAAUCGAGAUAGAGGAGACAUGUCUCUUUCACAAAGAGAAGGUACUUGAUGUAUUUUGCCACGACCAUCAGCAGCUAUGCUGUAGUGUAUGCCUUGUCAAACAGCAUAAAUCGUGCAAGAAUGUGGACACAAUUGAAGAUACGGCUCUCACGGUUGACCGAGAUUACAUUCAAGACAUAGUUUCCAAAUAUAUUGGUUUGGGAAAGAAUGUUGAAGAUAUGAUGUUAGAAAAAUUGAAUCUGAAAGCCGAACUCAGUACUAAGAAGCAAGAUAUAUGUAUGAAAACUGAAGAGAAAGUUGAAGAAAUCAAAUCACUAUUGGACAAUGCACAUGCGAAGUGGCUAAAACAAUUUGAGCAGAUUCAUGCAGAUUCCAUUGGGAACAUUGAAAUAGCUUAUGAUGAACUGAAGCGGUUUUUCACUACAGUGAAUGAAGCAAGUGCCAUUCUACAAUCAGUGUUAAAAAGUGGGUCUUCUAAACAAUUAUUUAUUACGAAUCUGAAAUUGCAAAAUCAGAUGAAUGACCACAUCUCCCAUUUAAAGUCUUUAAAAAUUUGGAACUUUCCCAAAGAUUACCAACAACAUAACUCGGACUUUCUCAGUCAAAUAUCCAUUUCAAAAGAAUUUGAAGACGUGGUAUUGUCUAAAGAACAAUCUUGGAUAGUUGAGAAAAUACUAAUGAGUUCACCGGUCGUGGGCGACAAAGAAAAUAUUUUACAAAGGAGAAAAAAAAUGUGUCAAAAAGAUUGGAUGAAAGUCAACCUAAGGAAAUUAUCCCAGAUUGAAAAAUUAUCAGAAACAGUUUAUUAUGGCUUGUUUGUUAGCGACACGAUGAUAGUAUUAUCUCACACAAGUCCACCGUCGCUGAAGAUUUACGACAUUAGUUAUUCCACAGGAGAAUGUGUUCACACAGAGAUGUGUGAGCAAAAACCAUACGGCCUCUGUCACUCCGGUUGGAGCUUGAAUGAAAUAUAUGUUUCUUUUAAAAGAUUUAUCAAUCAUUAUCGGAUUGAUGUCGCAAAAUCUAUAACAUUUACAAAACUUAGAACUAUUCACUUAAAACAACAGAUGUUGGCGAUUUCUCGUGGGCCAACAACAGUGUUUGCCGCCAAUCGUUCUGCAAGAAUUAUUUGUUCUUUGGACUUCUGCAUAAAGCAUAGUUUACCAUACAAACCGUCCGGAGAUGUACCAUUCGUUUCUUCGUCGUUGGUGUCAGAUACACAUAGUUUUAUUAGAGAUGGGAUGAUAAUAACUGUAGAUCAGAAUAACAAAGAGAUUUCUAUGAGUCCUGGCGAUCAAAAAUUUAGGGGACUCUCAUUUGACUUAGAAGAUAACAUCUUGGUUUGUAAUAGAUCAUCUAAACUUAAACAGUUUAAACAUGGAUUCGUCGAGAGUAGAGACAUCGAUCCAGCCGACACUGACAUGAACGAUUCUUAUAACAUUAUACUUCAUCCAGCUGGAGAGAAGAUAUUGUUGUUAGAUUUAUUUCAACAAUGCUCUGUUUAUCAGGUAUCUUAGAGAUGAUACUUUACUUGUUAUAAACAAUGUAAAUGCAAUCAUGAAAUUA